CAUCAACUGUGAUGCAGUUUCUGACAGUUGGGCUUGGACUCAGCUCUGGUUGAUGCUGGGCUGUUUGGGAGAGGCCAUUUCUCACGUGGAUAUUGAGGAUCCUUCGCAGUGAACUCAAGAGGAGUGGCGCUGAAUUCGAGACCUUCUUUCACCCAACUCCCCCACCUACCCCAUGGAGAAAUCUGAAGCGUCCCACCUGAUGGACAUCCAGGAAGCGUUAAAGAGGGAGAUCUGGGACCUACGAGACAAAGCGGCCAACCUCGACCUCGAAAACCAGGAGAUCGCGAAGGAGACGAAGCACAUGAACGAGGAGAACAAGAGCCUGGAGGAGAAAGUCAACUGUUUCAAAACCAUCAUCGAGGACCUGGAAAAAGAAGAGGAAGAACUGCAGGAGAUGCUCCGAGAACGGGAAGACACACGGGUGGCCCUGCAGGUCCAAAACCAAACCUUGGCAGAGACCAACAGGGUUCUCUGCUCCAAAAUCCAGAAGGUCUCCAACCAGCUGGUCAAAUUUCAGGAGUCCAAAGCCAGCCGGGACCAAGGCAUGCUGCGUAUCAAGCAAGUGAUGGAGCACAUCGUGGGCUACUUCAAACAGCUGGAGGCGAAAAUCGAAACCGCCAGGCGCCAAUACGAGGCCGAGAAGAAGCAGUGCGCCGAGCUGUCGCACACGGUGGCGGAGCUCGAAGAGAUCUGCAAGGCGCUGGAAAACCAAGUCCUGUCUUUGGAAGAGCAGCUGGCACAGUCCCCCUUCAGCAGGUUGGAGACGGACUACGGCCAGGAAGGUCCUUCUCUGCUCCAAGAGUUGGUGCAGGCCAAGUUGACCCAGGACUCCCGAGGCCUUCACAAGAGCUUCUUCUUCCUCCUAUCCAGAGGGACGUGGGUGCUGGUGGCCAUCAUCAUCGGCCUGGCGUUUUCGAACGCCUUGUUCUUCCUGUUUGGCAAAGACUUGGCGCCCAGGAACCAUUUGCUGACCUUGACCGACUGCCCCAAGUGGGUCUCCAAAAUCUUGUCCUCGCAUUCUGUCUGGAGGCAGAGCGGCUUACGGCCGUUUUGAGUUGGGAUCCCGCGGAAAACUCUAGAAAGCUAAUAAAUAAGAACCCUCCACCCAAAAAAAAAGGCACUCUCUGUGAGAUCUCUCACACUCUCUUUCUACCUCAGGAUACGGAAUCUAUUGCCUUAAUUUCAAUUUAAAAAAAUAAAUAAAAUCUUUUAACACUGGUGCAGUUUUACGACCUGAA